GUCCGCGCAUCUGUUUCUGUUGUGUGUGUCAUGUUCAUAUGUUGUGUUAAAUUUCACUGUCAACAAUGAUAAAAUUCUGGGUUUAUCUAUUUUUCCUUAUUGUUAUUUCUAUUCAAGAUGUUGAGUCUGAUCGAACUAGUCUAAAAAUCUAUGAAAACAUUCAAAGUGACAUUUUCUGUUUCCGAAGACUGAAUGCUACUCAUCAAAUAGGAUGUGCAUCACAUAGAAGCGGAAAUGUUGGGGUACUUUUUGUUAUCGAAGGGCAAGAAGAAUUGAAUAAUAUUACUGAAAAUGAGCCAACUAUGCCCUUUGUUGUAGCAAUCCCUAUGGACUUAUUUAAUAUGAAAAAUAUGAAAUUACUCAGGCAGUCUAAAAACAUACGUGGUACUUUACUUUUCAAACCUAAAACCAUGAAGCCAUUGAAAUUUUUUUCCCCAGAUCAGUCCUGUCCCAAUCGAAAUUAUGGGUUCUACACUGAUAAAAUAAACCAGGAAUAUGCUGCUUGUAAGAAAAAGGAGUGGAAUAAAUUGCCCAAGAAUGAAGCUUUAGGAAUGAUGUUUGAAGACUGGGAAAUGCCAAUCUUUGUCAUUACUAAUGAAACCCAUAUUGAAAGCAUCAAAAAUUGCUAUUCCAAUUUCAAUAAUAAUACCAAUGAAUGGCCACUUUGUUCUGUUCAAAUGACAAGUGUAAUGCUUGCUGCCAAAGAUAGUGAUACAUGUAUGCGACGGAACAAGCUUAUUGCAAAUUUGAAUGAAGUGAAAAACUGUGAUCCACUUAGUGACAAGAAUAUCCUGUAUACCCUUUUCUCAACAAACAAAAGUGAAGUAGUAGAUGAUAAGUCAAUUGUUAUACUUAGUGCACGGUUGGAUUCGUUUUCUAUGUUUGAUAAACUAGCACCUGGUGCCCAUUCCACUGUUACUGGCUUGGUAACUUUACUUACUGUAGCAAAAAACAUGGUUAAUUUGAAAAAAAAGAUUGUGGAAAAACUUGGAUCUAAACCUGCUAAAAAUAUUCUCUUCAUCAUUUUUAAUGGUGAAGCCUUUGACUACAUUGGAUCAAGUCGAGUUGUUUAUGAUAUGAAGAAAAACGAUUUUCCUGUUAAGAUACUAAAAGGAAUUAGAGAGCAGCCAGCUUUGAUUAAACUAGAACAUAUUUCACAUUUCAUUGAACUGAGCCAAUUAGCACCUGUUGAAGAACCAAUACCUCUUCUUUAUGUUCAUACUGACCCUGUAUCUGUUCAACAAAAUAAUGUAUCUGAUGCAGUUAAGCAUUUGGUUGAUUUAUUUAAAUCUGAAUCCAAAAGAAGUGGUAGUGUUAAUGUUUCUGAAGCACCUCCUGAUAUUCCUUUGCCUCCUGCUUCAUUUCAAAGUUUUUUAAAACAUGACAAAUCGAUUCCUGGAAUUGUCAUUGCUGACCAUGUAAAUGAAUACAUCAACAGGUAUUAUAACAGUAUUUUUGAUAGUAAUGAGACAUUAGAUGCUUCCUCUUUAACUGAUAUUCUUUCUGAAAUUUCAUCUGCUGUAUCUGGAACUUUGUAUCAGCUUCUUACAAAUGAACAACUUGAUCAACCAGUUGAAACGGAUAAAACAUUAGUCUCUGGCCUAUUAGAUUGUUACUUGCAAAAUGCAUCUUGCCCAUUAUUCAGACAAAUUGCUGAUCCUUUAAUGACAGAGAGGUUAAGGGUGGAGCCUUAUCCCUUGUAUGUAAGUGUGGAUAGUGGGGGUCCAUCAAAAGCUAAUGCCAUAACUCUUUAUACUCGUUAUCUCUUGGCUUACUUGACGGGGACUGAAGUGCCAGACCUUGUGCGAGGGAACUGUACUGGAGAUGUUCAAAAUCAGAUCUAUCAAUUUGAUUGGAUGGCGGGAAAUGAAGAAAACGCAACUGGUGUAUGUAUCAAAUCUCGAGUGAUCUACACAAUAGCUCAAUCUCCUGCAUAUGUUUUGAAUGACUGGAAAUCAACUGAAUAUUCUACAUGGACUGAAAGCAUCUGGCUUGAAACUUCAGCCCGAAUAUUUGUGCAACCUGGCAAAGUACAAGAAGCUCUUACUCUGAUUGCUGGUCUGAUCAUAUUUGCCCUAUCGAUUGGUUCAGUUUAUUUUGUUAAUGAACGCUCAUCCAUCAUUUUUAACACUAAACCUCUUGUGGGUUGCUAGGAAUUUGCCACAAAUCACAUAGCUUUGGAUGAAUUUAAUGGGGAUAAUGAUUUGAGUUAUCCACCGCCAGCAGCCCUUUGAAACACAGCCUCAUUCUUGCAAUUGUACCUUUGUUCAACCCCCCCCCCCCCCCAACUAAACAGCUAAUAAUUUAAAUGUCUUCACCAGGUUUUUAAAAUGUUUUGUACUAAUGAAAUAUUCAUAAUCUUUUAUCAAAGCAAGUCCCCUCCCCCCAGUAUCCUACUGGUUUAACAAGAUUUUUAUUUAGUAGUAUGUAGAAAAUAAUGUACUCUUAAAACAUAAUAAAAAUUAACAUGAUUUUUUUUAAAGCUGAAAUUUUACCAACAAAAUCAUAAAAUCAUACGAACUCAUUCAUUGCUCAAUUAAAUGCAUCGAGAAACUAUUGCAGUGAAGUAGGGUUUGUUAUUUAUCAGUUCCCCCCUAUCUUAAAGCACUUGAACAUUUUGUAAGUGAAGUUCUUGCUGAAGAAACAAUGUAAGGGUGCAUGAUUUUUCAAAAUAAAACUAAAUGUUUGAAAAAUUAUGUAAAAUUAGUUAGCUACAAUAACACCGAUGCUUUUAUGCUUCCACAUUAAAAUAUCCAAAUAUUUAUGAUAACUAUGCAUCCUCAGUAAAUUUAUUCAGUUCAUAAAAAUACAUUUUAAAGAAGUGUAUUUUUUCAUAAUCAGCAAGUUGUUAGAAAUUGCUUUUAUUUUUUGUAGGGAACAUUUAAAUUCUAGUUUUAUAAUUUGUAAAUUUUUUAGUACUUCCCUGCUUUCACUUUGUACCAAUAUUUUCUAAAUUGUCAAUUGUUAUCUCCAAGUUGUACUAUAACAUUUUCAAAGUCUAAAAAUUUAUCUCUCAUGCUAAAUUUUUUGUACAAUAUAAGCAGAGGUACUUGCACACAUGCAGGUUAUUACACUGUGGCUGUAUUAUAUCAUUGUUUGGCCUUUUUGUUUGAAGAAUCUAGAUUCCUCAAGCUUAAAAAUGCUUCAGCAAUGGUACACAAGUUUUAUCUUCAUCCUAGGGCUUUGUGAUUUGUGGGGUGGACAAUAUUUGUAUAUUUGUGAUGUACUAUUUCUUUUAUUAAGUGCUAGGCACCAAAAAAGGCAUUAUGUUCGUUUUGUCACACUCAUUACUGUAAUAUUUAUUUAAUUCUUUUUCUAUUAAACUAUUCUGUUUCUGAUUGUC